CUGGCCGGACCAGCAAUGAGGGUGACCCAUGGCGACGUGAGGAUCCAAGUCAACGUGAACCGCUGUACCAACAUCCCCAUCCAAUGCCAGUCACCAGAGCGCUCGCCGCCCCCCUCAUGUAGCUUAUCAUCCACCUCACGGAGCACAGCAAACGCCAGCCACAAAUGGAAAAUCGACGACAAACCCGUCAAAGUGGACAAGUGGGACGGGUCAGCGGUGAAGAAUUCGCUGGAUGACUCGGCCAAAAAGGUCCUUUUGGAAAAGUAUAAAUAUGUAGAGAACUUCUGCCUGAUCGACGGGCGCCUGAUCAUCUGCACCGUCUCCUGCCUCUUCGCCAUCGUGGCUUUGAUAUGGGAUUACCUUCACCCCUUUCCCGAAUCGAAGCCGGUGCUGGCUGUCUGCGUGAUCUCGUAUUUCGUAAUGAUGGGAAUUCUGACCAUCUAUACCUCAUACAAGGAGAAGAGCAUCUUCCUGGUAGCGCACAGGAAAGACCCCACGGGAAUGGACCCCGAUGACAUCUGGCAGCUUUCCUCAAGUCUGAAAAGGUUUGACGACAAAUACAGCCUGAAGAUGACGUUCAUCAGCGGCCGCAGCAAGCAGCAGAGAGAGGCGGAAUUCACCCGAUCCAUCGCCAAAUUCUUCGACGGCAAUGGGACCCUAGUCAUGGAUAGUUUUGAGCCCGAGGUCUCCAAGCUUCACGACAGCCUCCUGACAGAAAAAAAGCUUAAAUAGGCUGCCAGCCAGCUGCCUGCUUAGAUCAUGCGGAGCUUAAAGCCAAUAAAGCAAUCAAGCAACCUUGA